GAAUAUAUUUGUGACAACUCUGAUUCUGAGCAGGAAGAUGAAGAUGACUGCUAUUCAACAUACGAGGAGAAUAAUAAACUACGUAGUAACCUUAGUAAAUGGGCAGUAGAACACAAUAUUCCACAUGUGGCGUUAAAUUCAUUAUUAAAAAUUUUAAAUAUAAAGUUGAAAAAUAUCCUCCCUAAUGACGCACGAACUCUUCUACAAACAAACAAGGCAAAUGUGGAUAUUAUUUGUUCAGCUCCAGGGGAAUAUUGGCAUAAUGGUCUGAAAAAAUGUUUAAAAAAUAUUGUUGAAGAGCUCUCUGUCCCACCUGAUAAAAUUUCUUUAAAAAUAAACAUUGACGGCCUUCCAGUGUUUAAAAGUUCUAAGUACCAGUUUUGGCCCAUUUUAUGUUCAGUAUCUGAAAUUCCACUGCCGCCUUUUGUCGUAGGUAUCUAUGCUGGUGAUGGAAAGCCUAAAGAUCUUGACACUUUUUUGGGACCUUUUGUAACAGAAAUGCAGCAACUUCAAGAGGGACUUAAAAUAACAGACAAAUCACAAAGAGAAAAAAUAAUACAUGUCAAAUUAGGAGCAUUCAUUUGCGAUUCACCUGCAAGAGCUAUGAUAAAAGGUGUAUCGAACUUUAAUAGUAAACAUGGAUGCCUUAAAUGCACGGUGGUCGGGGAAUACUCUCACAAAUCAAAUACUGUGACAUUUCCCCAGUUUAAUUGCCCCAAAAGGAAUGACCAAGACUUUCGUGAAAAGAAAUACGGGCAACACCACAAGUUAGACUCGCCGUUACUCAAACUCAACAUUGAUAUGAUUGAAGAUUUUCCGGUGUCAGAUUCGCUGCAUCUCAUUGACCUGGGGCUUAUGAAAAGAUUACUUAUAGGAUGGCGUGAUGGCAAUUUUGGUAUUUAUCUAACUAAAUGGAGUGCUAGCGAUAUAGCUAAAGUUGACAAUUUCUUAAAUGAUUGUGAAAUGCCUACAGAAAUACAUCGGUCAGUUAGAUCACUGGACAUUUUAAAACACUGGAAAGGUUCAGAGUUUCGUAGUUUUCUUUACUACCUUAGCUUGGUGAUUCUUAAGGAGGUCUUAAAAGAAGAAGCUUAUACACAUUUCAUGCAUUUCUUUUGUGCUAUCACAAUCUGUUCGAUCGAAAAACAUUUUAAAUUCCUUCAGAUUGCUGAAGAAAUGUUGGCACAUUUUACAGAACAGUUCAAAAGAAUAUACGGUAAAGACUAUGUGACAAGUAACAUUCACAAUCUCUCUCAUUUAGUUGACGAGGUUAAAAAAUUCGGGACUCUGCAAAAUUUUAAUGCCUACGAAUUCGAAAAUAAACUUCAACAUUUUAAGCAUAUGGUAAGACAUGGAAAAAAGCCACUACGUCAAAUUGCAAGGAGAAUCAUUGAAAGGGAUUUAGUUGAGUUAAAUAGUCUAACAACAGAGAACAACAAAUGUCCAGUUAUAAAGAAAAAUGUUUUAUGUUUAAAUUCAUUUAUAUUAUCAAAAAAGAAACAAGACAAAUGGUUUCUCACUAAUGAUAAUCACUUGGUUGAAUUCAUAUCAGUUUAUAUUAAAAACAAUAGUCAGACCCAGGAGCAAGAUAUAGAAAUACGUGGUUUUGUUGUGCAACAAACUCAAGAUGCAUUUGAAAAGCCACUAAAAUCUUCUUUUUUAAACAUUUAUCAGUGUGAUAAUGAUGAAUUACAUCGCAACAGAGAGGCCGAUAUUUUCAAAAUUUCAAUUAUUAAGUGUAAAAUGGUGAGUAUUUUGUAUGGUAGGAAAAUGUUUUUCAUACCUUUGUUACAUACUCUGUAAGUGAACAUAAUAAAAGUCUGUAAUAAUCAAAAUUAAAGUUUUAUUAUUUCAAUAACAAUUUUUUUUAUUACAAUAAUCUUAAAGCGAGACCAAAAUCAAUCUUAAAAGGUAUAAUCAAUGAGGUAAUCACG